UCCGGAGCGCCCGGCCAGGCAAUAUCUCGGGCUAGGGCUGGAGGGGGAGCGCGAGUGGAGGGCACCAGGUAGCAGCGUCUGCGGCGCGUGGCUCCGGGCUCACCAUGGCCGAGCUGCUGAGGAGCCUGCAGGAUUCGCAGCUCGUUGCUCGUUUCCAGCGCCGCUGCGGGCUCUUCCCGGCACAGGAGGAAGGCCUCGGCGAGAGCUGCGCGGACCCCGUGGAGGGCGCGGCGCGAGCGCCGGCGCUCCAGCAUCUCCCCGCGGCCAACGGCAAGGGCGCCGGGGAGCCGGCCAAUGGGCUGCGGAGAGUCGCGGUCCCGCAGGCUUAUGUACAGAAGUACGUUGUGAAGAAUUAUUUCUACUAUUACCUAUUCAGAUUUUCAGCCGCUUUGGGCCAAGAAGUGUUCUACAUCACGUUCCUUCCAUUCACUCACUGGAAUAUUGACCCUUAUUUGUCCAGAAGACUGAUGAUCAUAUGGGUUCUGGUGAUGUAUAUUGGCCAGGUGGCCAAGGAUAUCUUGAAGUGGCCCCGCCCCUCCUCGCCUCCCGUGGUGAAACUGGAGAAGAGGGUGAUCGCAGAAUAUGGGAUGCCAUCCACCCAUGCCAUGGCAGCCACCGCCAUCUCCUUCACCCUCCUCAUCUCCACCAUGGACAGGUACCAGUAUCCCUUCGUCUUGGGACUGGCACUGGUCGUGGUGUUCUCCACCUUGGUGUGUCUCAGCAGACUGUACACGGGGAUGCACACCGUCCUGGACGUGCUGGGUGGCAUCCUGAUCACUGCCGUCCUCAUCAGCCUCACCUACCCUGCCUGGACGCUGAUCGAUCGCCUGGACUCAGCCAGCCCCCUCUUCCCUGUGUGUGUCCUAGUGGUACCCUUCUUCCUGUGCUACAAUUACCCCGUGUCUGAUUACUACAGCCCGACCCGAGCAGACACCACCACCAUUCUGGCCGCCGGGGCAGGGGUGACCAUAGGAUUCUGGAUCAACCAUUUUUUCCAGCUCGUGUCCGAGCCCACGGAAUCUCUCCCUGUCGUUCAGAACAUCCCACCACUCACCACGGACAUGCUGGUGCUGGGUCUGACCAAAUUCACCGUGGGAAUUGUGCUGAUCCUCCUGGUGCGUCAGCUCGUCCAAAAUCUCUCCCUGCAAGUGUUGUACUCGUGGUUCAAGGUGGUCGCCAGGAACAAAGAGGCCAGGCGGAGGCUGGAGAUCGAAGUGCCUUACAAGUUCGUCACCUACACAUCCGUUGGCAUCUGUGCCACCACCUUCGUGCCAAUGCUCCACAGGUUUCUGGGAUUACCCUGAGCCUCAAACGGUUGGAAAUGAGCUCACUGGACUGGAGAGCAAGACAUCAAAAAUUGUCGAGUGGGAAGGUCUUAACACAUUUUUCUUUAAGGAGAAAAAUUCCUUAAGUCACAUGUCUGUUUUGCUGAUAUCUGAGAUAAAUGCUGCAGCUGUAUGGAAGGAAACAUUUUCUCACAGGGACCACUAGCCUAUACGGGUCAUGUUACAGGUGAAGCCAGGCUAAAACCCACAGUUGAGUUCUUUAAGCAGCCCUCCCACCCUCUACCCUGUGUGUUACUCAGCUGUUGAACCGGUCCUGGCCUGGCAGGAAUCAUGGCCUGGAUAGGAGCAGCGCCAAGCCCUCCUCCCACCCCCUACCCAUGCCUGGGUUCUGAAAAGCCUAAAAAGAUAGGAAUGAUCCAGGAGCCUGGAUGUCGGGCAUUUCUUUUCAGUUGUGACCUUGCCCAGCACUGAGUCUCAUUUCCAAAAUGUUGCUCCAAGAGAAAGGGUGGUGCCACUUAAAACUGCGUUCCCUAAACAGGGUGACUUUCUCGUCAAUGUGAUCACAUUAGAUCCUGCCUGCUUGGGGGGAGCAGCGUACAGUCAACUUCGACGUGAUGCAUGAAAGGGGGUUGGGAAGCUGCAAGGUCAUGGGUAAGAGCCUGCUUUCCUUAGGAGUCCUGGUCUCUGUCGGGUGCAUAUUGAACAGGGAUCCACUCCCCCUUGUUUGUACACCUUGCAGAAUUCCAGGUACUUUUUUUUUUUUCUCUUUCAGGGCCACACCCACACCUAUGGAAGU